GACUCCUCGUCGCAGGAGAUUGACGUCACUGUAGCAGGUUUUUGCCCCCGGUAGAGGCGGGUUAGAAGAUUCUCGAAGAGUGAGCCGAGGUUUUGCUCUGAACUUGUGAGGAUUCAAAACAUCGUCUUCAUAUAAGGGUUAUUUGUCAAAGGCAAACAUGGUUAAAGAAACAGGCUUUUAUGACACACUGGGUGUGAAACCCAGUGCAACUCCUGACGAACUGAAAAGAGCCUAUCGCAAACUAGCCUUGAAAUAUCACCCUGACAAAAAUCCAACAGAGGGAGAAAAGUUCAAGCAGAUCUCACAAGCAUAUGAGGUGCUUUCAGAUGCCAAGAAGAGAGAGGUCUAUGACCGUGGAGGUGAAAAGGCUAUAAAGGAAGGAGGAUCUGGUGGUGGUGGAGGCGGUGGGGGCUUUGCCUCACCCAUGGACAUCUUUGACCUGUUUUUUGGUGGCGGCAGUCGGAUGCACAGAGAGAGAAAAGGUAAGAACAUCGUUCAUCAGAUUUCUGUGACGUUGGAAGAUCUUUACAACGGAGCUACAAGGAAACUUGCUCUCCAGAAGAACAUUAUUUGUGAGAGAUGUGAAGGUCGUGGGAGUCGGAAAGGAGCUGCACAGAUGUGCAUGACCUGCCAUGGCACAGGCAUGCAGGUCCGCAUGCACCAGCUGGUACCAGGUAUGGUGCAGCAAGUGUCCACAGUGUGCCACAGCUGUCAGGGCCAAGGACAGAGAAUCAGCCACAAGGAUCGCUGCAAAGGAUGUGGGGGCAGAAAGAUCCUGCGGCAGAAGAAGAUUUUGGAGGUCCACAUUGACAAAGGAAUGAGAGAUGGCCAGAAGAUCGUUUUCCACGGAGAGGGAGACCAGGAGCCAGGAAUAGAGCCAGGUGACAUCAUCAUCGUCUUAGACCAGCGAGAACACCCAAAUUUCACCAGGAGAGGAGAAGACCUUGUCAGGUCAAUGGAGUUGCAGCUGGUCGAGGCUCUGUGUGGUUUCAAGAAGCCCAUUAAGACACUGGACGACAGAACUCUCCUCAUCAUCUCACAUCCAGGGGAAUUGAUCAAACCUGGAGACACAAAGUGCGUCUUGAAUGAGGGGAUGCCAAUGCAUCGCAGGCCAUUUGAGAAGGGACGUCUUAUUAUUCACUUCUCGGUGGUGUUCCCACAACCCAACUUCCUCCCCGAGCAGAAGCUGAAGGAGCUGGAGCGCUACCUCCCAGGAAAGCUGGAGGCCGAGCAGCCAGACGCAAUGGAUGAAGACCUGUACAUCUACGCCAACCUUGAGGAGUGUGACUUUGAGAACAGGAGGAGAGGCAACCAUCAGUACUACUAUAUGGAUGAAGACGACUGCACUGGGGGCGUUCAGUGUCAGACAUCUUAAACAACACCUGACCUGUUCUUACACUAGAGGCCCACACCCUCAUCUCUUAAAGCACCUUCAUUUUGAGUUUUGUGCACUUUUUUAUUUAAUUACUACUCUUUUUGAUUUUUUUGUUCUUUUAAGCUGAAUCAUAAAACUGUCCCAACAUUCUCCUGAUUUAUUCUACAUUUUUUGGACAGAUUAACUUUUAAGUUACAGGACUAAACUGGAUGCCUUGUCAUCUUUGGGACCUUUCCUUUUCUUUUUUUUUUCUUUUUUUUGCAAGAUUUUGUUUUUAUUUUUCCAGUCACACUGUGAUGAGAGAUGAGAGGGCUGCUUCGACAGGGGCUUCAUAAAAAAAAGAAAAACUUCUUUGUCUAAGCAAAGACUGCCUGCUUUUACAUGCAGGAACACUAAAACGGAUGCCAAUGUUAAUAUGAAAAUAACCUUUUUUACAGUGUUACUAAAUCGGCUGUUGUUGUGGACCACUUGUUGGUGACUUGUUCAAUAUGUUUGUGUGUGUGUGUGUGUGUGUGUGAGAGAGAAGACCUAGUGUUCAGGUAGGUGUGGGGAGCCUUGUGUAUUUAGACUUGAGUUUAAACAUUUCUGCUGUUUUACCCUUUCAAGGGCUAUUUUCUAAACAUUCUAAAACAAUCAUUAAAAUGUGACAAAAGAUAAUAAUGAUGCAGGCGUGGCAGUACAUAGGUUCAAGCCACUUAAUUGUAGAGCAUUCAAACUUAUAUUUAUAUUUAGUUUAUUAUGUUGCUGCAAUCUGUUUCCUGUGAUGGUGCCGCACAUUUCAUUAUGUUUUGGAAACCUCAUGUAUAUACAGCACAGUCUGAUAUAGGCAGGUGUUCACAAACAAAAGGUCAAUGAUUAGUAAGAAGGCACUUUAUUUUGGAACAGUUAACAGAUUGGGGAGGGUUUAGAAGAGCUUAAUGUGAUUUUAUAAUUAUGUCUUAAUGCGGUUUUGAGUUUUAUUUAAAGUUAUUCGGAGAAAUCGGUAAACCUGCUUGUUGUAACAGGCUGUUACUGCCUUGAUGCUUUCCCUCUCUUUAAGAAGUGCCAAGCUGCACCCAAGUUAUACACAAACAGAGUGGCAUAUGUCCAAGGUGUUGUUUUAAAUGUUGAGUUGAUUAUUUCUGGUAUGUGAUUUUAAAUUUUUUAGAAUAAAUUAGAGUUGCAUUAUUUAGAUUUACAAUUACAAAUUUUAAUCACUUUGCAAGUUAAACCCGUUGAUGGGUUUUCGCUUGUGUUGGCCAACAAGCUAUUAAUGGUGUCAUUUGUCAUGCUUUAUAUUUCGUAAUUGUCAAAUGCCAAAUGGGUCAUUGGGAGGUUAUGGAGGGACUUAAAAUCGCCACACCUGAUACCUCAUUGAAGUGUCUGCCUGUUUGAAGGCCUUAUCAUGACUUUAGCUUGAUGCUACAUUUCAUUCUGUGGUGACUUUGCCUUUGGUUAUUGUUAGGAGAGAGAAAAAAAACACAACUAUGCUCAGCACAAGUGAGAUCCCUGGAACAGUUGGACAGCUGUUCUUGAUGCAAAGUUAUGGGUACUCAUAAUGUCAGGGGAACUCAACUCGAAGUUCAGUUCAAAUAAGUGUUGUCAAGUUCUUAAUUUGACUGUAUGCCUGUUAGGACCAAUGAUCUACAUGUUCAUGCUCAUGUUUUCCAAUUAAAUUCUGUUUUAUGGUCUCUGUAA